GCUAUGUCCUCCAACAGGGCCUGAUAGAAACGGCAACGUUUUUCUGUUCCGCGUCGAGUGAGAUCCAAUUUUCAUUUGAACGAUCUCACCUCUCGGCCUCCAUCUCCUAGACGGAUUUCUUACAAUUCAAAAACGCAACAAAUUAUUUUCAGUAAUGGUAGAUUUAAUUCCUAGUAGAUCUCCUGUUGCCACAUCCCGUCUUCUCUCUCGUUGACAAUAAGAAAAGUGUGAUUGUCAGGUAUUACUGCCUCUUGUCUACACUUUAUUUCAGCGAGCAAAAGAAUAUCCAUGGAGGAAAGUGAAAUUAAUGGAAUGCCAGGGAAUCAGGCCGAAGAUCUUUUUAAGCUUGAGAAGCAGUCAUAUGACAUUGACCGCAUAAAGAAUGGAACUUGGGCCAAAGAAAAUGGACUAAAUGACAGCAUUCCAUAUUCAGAAGGGAGUCAUGAUCAGCUAUUACAAAUGGUGGUUGAACUGAAACUUCAGAAUGAGGUGUUGAAAUCUCAGUUUAAUGGAUUGAAAAAUCUUCAAGCAGAACAUACUAGGGCUCUCCCAAAAAGUGAGGUAGGUGGGGAGGAAAGAGGUGACUCUGUGGAGGUGAAAGAUCUCCUUGAAAAGGUAGAAUCUUUGAGUAGGGAGCUUCAGGAAGAAAAACAAACACGAACUGCAGCAGAGGAGGCUCUGAAGCAUCUUCGAGAGGCACACUCGGAGGCAGAUGCUAAAGUCCAGGAACUAUCUACCAAACUUGCUGAAGCUCAACAGAAAUUGGAUCAAGAGAUAAAAGAGCGUGAAGAUAAGUAUGCUGAUCUUGACUCAAAAUUUAGCAGGCUUCACAAACGAGCAAGACAGCGCAUUCAAGACAUUCAAAAGGAAAAAGAUGAUCUUGAGGCCCGAUUUCAUGAAGUGAACGAAGCAGCUGAACGAGCAUCAUCUCAACAGUCCACUCUGCAGCAAGAGCUGGAGCGCACAAGGCAGCAAGCAAAUGAAGCAUUGAAAGCAAUGGAUGCAGAGAGGCAGCAACUAAGAAGCACAAACAAUAAACUCCGGGACAACAUUGAAGAUCUGCGUCGCUCACUGCAACCUAAAGAACAUGCUCUCGAGGCAUUACAGCAGUCACUUUUGGAGAAGGAACAGGUUUUGGAAGACAUGCGAGGUUUAUUGCAAGCAGCAGAUGAAAGGAAGCAAGCUGCAGUUGCUGAGCUAUCUGCUAAACAUCAAAAGAAACUAGAGAGUUUGGAAGCACAACUUGCUGAUGCUUUAUCUGAUAGAAAUAAAGCAACUGAAACCAUAUCUAUGUUGCAGACGAUAGUUGUAGAGAAAGAGUCCAAGAUUUCAGAGAUGGAUGCAGCUUCAAGUGGUGAAGCCGCACGACUAAGAGCUGCUGUGGAAACUGUUAAAGGAGAGCUUGUUCAACGAAAAGAGGAGCAUGUAAGACAAUGCGAAGUACAUGAAGCUCUUAUAGAUUCUUGGUUAAAUAACGUUUGUUUGCAGGAAAUGUAUAUUCAUGUUUCCUUACAUACAGGUCAGCUGGAAUCAGAUGUAUCUAUACAAAACCAGAUAUUAAGUGCAAAAGAUGCUGAGUUAAGAGCUGCCAGAGAGGAGAUCAGUCGCCUUGAAACGGAAUUCUCUUCCUAUAAGGUUCGUGCUCAUACACUUCUCCAGAAGAAGGAUGCAGAGCUGGCUGCAGCUAAAGAUUCUGAACAGAUCAAAGCGCUUGAGGAAGCUCUGAAAGAGGCUGAAAGAGAAGUAAUGUUGGCAUCUGCAGAAAGGGAAAGUGCCCGCCAAGAUCUCCAGGAUGCUUUGGCUAAUCAGAGUAAAGAACUAGCAGAAAGAGAUACAGCCCUCAGUGAUGCAAAACAGCAGAUUAAGAGUUUUGAGAUGAGGCUGGACUCUGCUAAUGCUCGCCACCAAUUGGAGAAGCAAGCAUGGGAAAUAGACCUCCAAAAUUUGGAAGAGACUUGGCGCCGCAGAUGUGAGAACUUGAGUGCUCAAAAUGAAGCAUCAUCUGGGGAAGAUCUGCAAAAAGAACUACAAGAGCUCAAACUGCGGUACAAGCGUCUUAAGGAAGAGCAUGAUUCUUUCCGUGAUCUUGCUGACCGAAUGGUUGAGGAAAAGGAUAGAGAAGUGUCUAAACUUUUAGAUGAUAACAAGAAUCUUCAGCAUUCUUUGGAUUCAAGAACCCCAGCUGACAACAAUGAAAUUCAUACUUCAGUCUCAACAAAGCAGGAUGCUUCAAACUUGAGUACCUCUGCAGCAGAACAACAGAUUCUGCUUUUGGCGAGGCAACAAGCUCAGAGAGAGGAAGAGUUAGCACAAUCUCAGCGCCAUAUCUUAGCACUUCAAGAGGAAAUCGAGGAGCUUGAACGUGAAAACCGUCUCCACAGUCAACAGGAAGCCAUGCUGAAGAAUGAGCUACGUGAGAUGGAGAGGAAACAGAAGAGGGAAGGGGUUGAUAUGACUUAUCUAAAAAAUGUCAUCUUAAAGCUACUGGAAACAGGUGAAGUAGAAGCUUUACUACCUGUAAUAGGAAUGCUGCUUCAGUUUAGCCCACAAGAGAUUCAAAAGUGUCAACAAGCGUACCGCUCCUCUGCAGAGGUUCCAAGCUCAGCAAGUGAUGCUUCAGGAUCAGCUCGGUCUCUUUUCUCAAGAUUUUCUUUUUCUUAGAGUUGUGAAGGAAACCUCGAUCACUUAUUUUCUUGGAUGAGAGUACACAGCCAUUGCUGUCCUGCUGCAGUGUGAUUGAAGAGUUUGCAAAUUACAAGCUUGUAUUCGUUUUGUAUCACUAGAAGUAUUGUUUUAUAAAUUUGUUUACACAUUGUAAAGAACAAUGUAAUACCCACAGUACAAUAAAUACAGCCAAUUUGAGAAGGAAGUAAACUUUCUGCAGUGUGAUUGAAGAGUUUGCAAAUUACAAGCUUGUAUUCGUUUUGUAUCACUAGAAGUAUUGUUUUAUAAAUUUGUUUACACACUGUAAAGAACAAUGUAAUACCCACACUACAAUAAAUACAGCCAAUUUGAGAAGGAAGUAAACUUUCUGCAGUGUGA